AUGUCUCACCUGAAAUACUAUGCAUACGAGGGAGCCGGGACCCAAAAGCAACGGGAUUUCUGGUACAGCCAAGCCGUUCGUGUCGGCGAUCGAAUUGAAUGUGCAGGUCAAGGCGGCUGGGACCCUGUUACGGGCGAAUUCGAGAAGGAAAUCAAUGCGCAGAUUGAUCUUGCUUUUUCGAACGUGGAACGCUGCCUGAAAGACGCCGGUGGCCAGGGCUGGUCACAAGUGUACCGCGUGAAUUCCUACCACGUUCCAAUCAAUAACGAGGCUAUGGCGGCUAUGGUCCGGAACUUCAAGAAACACAUGCCGGAUCACCAGCCCAUCUGGACUUGUGUUGGUGUUUCCAGACUUGGAGAAGACGAUAUGCGUGUUGAAAUUGAAGUAGUCGCUCACGACCCUGAAAGCGCGAAGGCGGCUGGUUCUUUGUGA